UGCAGGGAAAAGAAGGGCAUUGAAAGAAUUGACAUAAAGAAACCAUUUCUCAUUCUCAAGGAUGGGAUGCAGCACAUGAUACCACAUGUGCAAAAAACAUCAGAAUUUGCACUUACAUUGCAAGAGAAGCCAGAGUAUAGCGAAUGCAUACCUCAAAGGGAAAGCAGACAUGCUAACAAGCUUCUCCUAGGCAAUCAACAAAAGCUGCAAAGUAAUCAUGGAUUUCAAGAGGUGCAAAUGCUCCAAAAAUCAGAGCUUCGUGGCAAAAAGCAACAGUCAGAACUGAAGGAAGAACAAAGUACUGAACAGAUAUUGCGGAGGAAGAAACAAAAGGGAAAUGAACUAUUCUCCAAACCAAUGUCAGGUGCCACCAAUUUGCAAAAGAAGCAGCCACAAAUGAAACAAGCAGAAACUAGUAGGAAAGGCCCCAGCAAACAUAUUGAUGUAACAAAAUUAAAUGGAUUCCCAGAUGGCAGGCACCACCAAAACCUAGCCAGGACUGGGAGUUCAAAAAUUAAAGGUUAAUUAGACAGAAACUCUGGUCAGCAUUACACUCAAGGAGUUAUUGAAUCUGAAUCUCUAAAAGAUCAAAACCUGUUUGCCGUGGAUGAGAAACCUGUUCAAGGGCAAACAACAAUGAAGGCAAGAACCAUAAAUGUGUAUAAACAUGGGAGUUCCAUUUCACAAGAUACGGAAAAGGCAAGGCAGGAGAAACUUGCUAUCUCAAGCGAAGCAGAUCAAAUGAAAACCAGCAGGUUUGAAGAAGUGGAACCACAGAUCAUUAGAUCCAAUAAAUCAGUAGCAAGCAAACAAAUAUCAAGUGUAGAAGCACAGAAAAAUUCUAUUUUGUGCAGUCCUCUAGAAGAUGGAUGCCAAAGCCUAAAUGAACUACAAGCUUUGGCUUGGAGAGAGAGUUGUCAAAAUAGAUCAGUGCCAUUGGUUACAAAAGAACAGCAAGAUCAAGAACCUGAUUUUGGCAAAGACGAAGAGCUCAAGUUUAAGAACAACAUAUCUGAACCACUACAUGGAACUCGUGAAGAGAGUAGAGAAAUGCCUUGCACCCCCCAGUCGCAGCAUCAAAGAACUUGUGAUUCAGAGAUGCCAGUGUUGGAAAUUGGCCAUCCAUGCUACUGUUAUGUUUUUGUUGAGUGCAUACGGCUUGUAUGCAUGCUGCAUGCUGCAGCAACAUGUUGUCUGUUGUAGUUGCAAUUUAGUUUAGUUUGGUUGAAAAUGAACUAAGUUGCUUGACGCUUUGAUGUGUUUAGGUGAUGAUUGAGCUGAUAAUUCACUUAUUGAUGUGUACAAGUAAUGCUUAGCAAGUCCCUAGGCUACUAAGUGGGAGUAGGUAGUAUUUGGUAAUGUGUUUUCUAUAAAUGUAUUGUUUCUUUAUUGAAUGAGUAAGCAUAUCUCGUAAGCAAAUCAAUUUUCUUAGCUAAAGCCGAUUGCUUCCUUGCUUCACAUUUGUGAGCAAGUAAUUUGUUCUUUGUUUCUUGCAUUUGUUUCAUUGUUCUUUGUUCUCUGUUUCCUUCUUUUGUUGCUGAUUUUUCCUUCAACUUUAGCUCAAGUUUGUGCUCAUUUUUGCUCUUGGUUUCACUUGAUCUUCUUGAGCAAAUUUGUUGUUUAUUUUGUGUUUUGCUGCUGCCAAUGUUCCAACAAAUGGUAUCCAGAGCUUUUAUGAUCUUAAAGGGCCUUUGGAAUUUUUGCUUCUACUGCUAGAAAGGCAAGGAGCCGUUGAAGCCUGUCAUCUUUGAAGGCUUGUCUUUGCUUCUGCUACUUGUUAAGAAAGAAGCUGCCAAAGUCUAACAUCUUUGAGGGCUAUUUGUUAAGGUAGCAGCAACUCACAUUUGUGAGACUAUAAGUUGAAGGAGGAGAAGACAGCAGCAACUCACCCCUGUGAGACUCUCAAACAAGCUUAGGAUAAGCUGAAGGAGGAGUUUCAAGGAAGACAGUAUGUGAAGAGCAAGUCUGUCAAAGGUGAAGUUCAAUGCAAGUUGUAAAGUUGCAAGCCUGUUGAAGACAGUAAACCAAGUGCGAGCCUGUCAAAGUGAGAGCCCGUCUAAAUGCAAGCCGAGUGGGUGCAAGCCAAAGUGUGGCGGACGGUCUAAAUGCAAGCUCGAGAGGGUGCAAGCUGUAGAUUGAAGGCAAGCAAACUAUACUUGCAAGCUGUUUGUGUAAGAAAAAAAACAGGACAGUAAUGAACAAAUGAACAAGCUAGGCAAGAUGUGUUGUCAACCGAGGCUAUGAAGGAGGAGAAGACUCCAUUUGAUGAGCAAAUGUUUGGCACAAAAGACUGGGAUAGUCAAGUGUGCAAGUCAGAUUUGCUAUGAAGGAGGAGAAGACUCCAUUUGAUCAACGAAUAUUUAGGCACAAAAGACUGGGAUUGUCAAGUGUGUGAGUGAGAUUCUGUUGAUAAUGAGGCCAAGGUUGAAGAUAAGUUGAGAAUGAAGUUCUUGUGCAGGGUCAACUUGAAAGAAAGCAUCUAAGGACUGCCAAGUUCAAAAACUUGAUGAAUGAAUGACAUUUGCAGCAUGGAGUCCAAGGAGGAGUGUUGGAAAUUGGCCAUCCAUGCUACUGUUAUGUUUUUGUUGAGUGCAUACGGCUUGUAUGCAUGCUUUGCAUCUUCAGACAACAUGUUGUCUAUUGUAGUUGCAAUUUAGUUUAGUUUGGUUGAAAAUGAACUAAGUUCUUGACGUUUUGAUGUGUUUAGGUGAUGAUUGAGUGAUAAUUCACUUAUUGAUGUGUACAAGUAAUGCUUAGCAAGUCCCUAGGCUACUAAGUGGGAGUAGGUAGUAUUUGGUAAUGUGUUUUCUCUAUAAAUGUAUUGUUUCUUUAUUGAAUGAGUAAGCAUAUC